AUGUCAACGAAUACUAACACCAACACCGCUUCCCAUACAGCCAAGCCUGAAAAAUCACGACUCCGUGCAGCCAAGGCAUGCAGACGAUGCAGCCAGCGCAAAAUCAAGUGCGAUGCAGUACAGAAUGGACUACCAUGCAGUCGAUGUCGGAUGGACAAUACAGAUGAUUGCACGCUGACUCUGUCACGAAGAGGCACCUAUGAUAGAAACGUAGCGCGUGACCUGCGAUUGAAACGACAACUGCAAUCGUCAUCUGCCGGAGUCCCUGAUCCAUCACGUCCAAGUGCACAGGGUAAUGCGGCAGCUAGAAGAACAUAUUCUGAAGGCAGCCGAUCCACAGUCGAAGCUCCUCUGGAAACGACGCCUUCCCCCUUGGAAUCUGGGAGCUCCCGGCAAUCAAUAGCUGGCUCGUUGACUGGUUCCAUUGGGCGCUCAAAGUCGGCUAUGUUUGAGGAAUUUUUGAGGUGGAGAGACAGAAAGAUUAAAGGAAGACUGGGGCUGUUUCUUCUUGGAGAACCGUCCCCAUUGACGUUUGCCCUGGAAGAGCUCCCGCAGGGCUCUGGCCCUCAGCUUCAUGAUGCAAGUGACCAGAUAUGCAAUAGCUCCAAUCUGGAGGUCAUUCAAAAGGAUGUUCACCCACAACAUCUGGAUGAAGCCGAUAUCACGUAUCUGAAGGCCAAGGGGGCGUUUACCCCCCCAUCGGAAAAGACACUGGAUGAUUUGGUUGCAGUUUACCUGUCACGUUUCCAUCCUCUCUACUCCAUAGUGAACAAGGUUGAGCUUGAAAAGGUCCAUAAGGAGCACAAGCUCCCAUGGAUUCUUCUUCAUGCUGUUUGCUUCAUCGGAGCAACUUUUUGUGAACCAUACAUACUGCAUUCCGCUGGGUUUCUGUCUCGAAGCGAUGCCCGCCGCCACUUCUAUCAGAAAGCAAAGCUGCUAUUUGAUGCUAGUUAUGAGGCCAACAAGAUUAUUUUGCUUCAGGUGGCUAUUAUGCUGAGCUUUCGGGGCCCUCAAAUGCAGAGUUAUUGGAAUCCAUGCUCCUGGGUCGGCUUUGGGGUGACAUUUGCUGUCUCGCUAGGUCUCCAUCGUUCUACAGCCUCAUCAAAUGCACCCGGCGGUGAUACAGGUCUACUGAGGAGACUCUGGUGGACAUUGGUAGUGCGAGAUACCUACUGUGCCGUCUUACUCGGGCGCCCUUUUCGUAUCGAUCUUCCCCAUUCUGACGUGGAGAUGCUGACGCCGGAUGAUUUUAUCUACGACAGCCACGAUGAAGCCUUCUACCAAAUUCAGAUGGCACGUCUGUCUCCAAUCCUGCGGGACAUUACCCAUUGCCGCUCUGGAGACCGGAAGCUCUACCCACAGGUCGUCCACGCACAAAUCGAGGCGUGGCGAGCUGACCUGGAGGUCUCGCUCCAACAGUGGCCAGGUGGAUCUCCUUCCUUGACGUGGUCAACUGCGCUGGAGGUAAUUUACAAUUAUUAUCUCUUGCUUCUAUAUAUCGACAAACCUGAUGUAUCUCGGCAGCAAAUGUUCUAUCGGCAACCGGGCUCCGAGCGUCCCUCCCAGGAACUGGUUGAAUCAACAGCCAGAGCCAUUGCAUCCAAGGCGAUCACCCUUAUGACCAAGGCCCGCUUGUCUUACCUCCCUCAUGAGGUAUUUCCGGGAUUCUUCGUCGCUGGUAUCAUCCAUUACCGGCAAACGCAGCAGAAUGACCCAAUGGUGGCUCAGAUGGCACGCGCAAGUUUGGACAAUUGCCGUGUUAUCCUCAACGAAGUCAAGGAAUUCUGGGAACCUGGUGAAUGGGCAAUCGAAAUCUUUGAUUUCCUCAACAUGAGCCAACAGGACAACUCACUGAGAAAUGCUAGCCCGUCACCUUGUCAAGGGCAAGCAAACACCACUACACUUCACACCGAUAUUCCCGCAGACUUCCUCCCACAGGAGGACAGUGGCUUGUUGAACCAUUAUAUUUUCGGUUCCAACUGGGAAACAGUUAUGCAAGGAGGGCUUGCACAUUCCGCAGACGACUCCUUACUGAUGCCAUGCUUUCUACCAUCAGUUGUCGAUGAACGGUCCUUCCUUCAGCCUUAA